GCGCGAAGCUCGGCAGCGGCAGCUCCGGGACCGGGAGCGUCUCCUACGCGCACUUCCAGCAGUUCCGCAAGCACGUUCUCUUCACGUUGCAGCUGGUUACAUAGUGGUUAAAGUUGCUGCUUUUGGACCCAAAGAAGGUCGCAGCAUCGAAUCCCACCUCCAGCUGUAGUGCCCGUGAGCAAGACGCAUACCUCAGACAGUGCACCAGUAUGGGCGGAUCGCCUGCAGCUCGCGCGCACAGACAAGCUGGCACAAGUUGUGGGCAGGCAGGCAGAGCUGAGCGAACGUCGCCCUGUAGGUACGCGGUGUCUCUCCCCGUGCGAACGCAGCCUGCCCCCCUGGAAGUCUCUCUCUUCGCUCCUACUUUCGCACUAUGGAGUCGUACAAAGCGGUCAAGUACACUUUAUUUGCUGGAUGUUACUUAUUUUGGGUGGCCGGUGCUGUUAUGGUUGCAGUCGGAAUCUAUGCAAAAUUUGCUAAGGAGGGAAAUGCUGUGGAUUCUCUGACGACUGACCCAGCCCUACUUCUCAUAUUCAUUGGUUCUUUAAUAUUCAUCAUCACCUUCUUCGGAUGCUUUGGGGCACUGCGCAACGCGGUCUGUCUUUUGAAAAUUUUUUUAGGAACCAUGGUGGUAAUUCUACUCCUUCAGAUAGCAGCAGCCUUACUGGGAUUUCUUUUCUCUGACAUGGUUCUGGAGAGGACUGAACUGCUGAUGAGAAGGGGAAUUGUGCUAUACCGAGACGACAUGGACCUGGAGAAUGUUGUGGACUUUGUGCAAAAAAAGUUUCAGUGUUGUGGAGGUCAUUCCUACAAGGACUGGUCUUACAAUGCCUACUUUGAGUGCUCCAAGACCAACCCCACUUUAGAAAGAUGUGGUGUUCCCUUCUCUUGCUGCAUACAACAAAAAAAGAAGUCUGUACUCAACACCAUGUGUGGUUAUGGGACUCAGAACUUGAAUGAACUUUUGGCUGGAAAGAGCAUCUAUACUACUGGCUGUCUAGACAAAAUUGUGCGGUGGGGAAAGCAGAACCUCCUCUUUACUGGAGGAAUCACUGUCGGCAUACUCUGCCUUGAGAUCUGCAUGAUCUCACUGGCUGCUGCACAGAUAUCUCAAAUUACGAGGAUACAACAGAGCAAUGCGAACAGGAGAGGGACAUACAGAUUAAAAAAACAAGGAAACACAUCCUAGUACAUGCAGCAUAUGGAAAUCAAAGGCAGUUCCCUGGAACUUUACUCUACAGGAGAUGAAAAACAAUAUUUACUGCAACCAUGUGCCAACAUAUCCGUGUUAACCACAGGAGAAAAUCUCUGUGAAUACAGUAUUGUCGAGACUCUUACUUUCUCAAAAGUCCAUGCCAGCAACAUAGAUGAGUUCCUUCUCAUUUUGUUAUUUAGUUUAGUUUUUAAUGAAGUUAGUUUGUUUUAUUGUGUGAUUCAGAAAGUAUACACUCCUCUGAAGUUUAAACCAGUAUGCGAUUCAAAAGAUGUGAAACAGGAACAAAAACAGUUGAGUAAAUCUUUCGUUGAUUUUUCUGUACAGCACAGAAACUGUUAAUUGUCUCUUUAUUUUUUGAUCUUGUUAUUUUCCUAUACACUGCCAUGGAAUGUUUUUAUAACUCAGAAAAUGGAAUUUGAGGGAAAUUUUACAGCUGUCUGCAAAAAUGUGUAUUUGUAUCUAGAAUUACUUGGCUUCUGACAAACUAUGUGAGUAAAAACAUAUAUAUAAAAAAACCUAAACUACAAGUCUUCUCUAGAUGCUAGACUUUUGUAGUGUGUCAUUUCUGCCAAGACUGAAUGUUUCUCAAAAGCGCAGAGCAGAAUAAACACACAUUGAGGCAACUGUCUUUUCUCCACAGUAAAUAUCUCUAGAGAUAUUUUCCAGAUUAUUAUCAGUUGAGACUACGUAUAUGUUAAACUAUUUACAAUGAAACUUUAUAUAUUCAAAAUCUAAAUGAAAAUACUCUGGUAUUCAUUAUGCAUUAUGUCCACUGAAUAAUUGCAAGUGAAAAUUAUUACUCAUUAAAUAAGGGUUGUCAUGUGUAUU